UCCACUCCUGUUUCUUCAUCUUUCUGUUCUCUCAGUUUCGUAAAGCAUUUGUGGUUGGACGUUUUGCGUUACUUUCUUGUAUGCAACAUCUGGAGCAUUAAUGGUGCUGUAUCUGUGGAUACUAAAAGUAAAAGGAUGCUGAGGUAUUAGUGUGGUAGACGAAGGGCAAAAGGUUAAUUCCUUUGUGGUAAUCCUAAAUCCAUAGAGGAUUUAGAGGAGAUCUUAUUUCUUUUGUUUUCUUGAUGGUACAGAUGUGAGUGCCAUGGUAACCAAAGACAACGCUAAAUCUGGCUCUGGCGGAAAGACAGCCUGUGUGAAGAAACAAAAGUGUAUAAUGAACAAUUCUCAAAAGGCUGGGGCACUUUACAGGGACCCACAGAAGACUAUAUUUGAACCCGAACUGACUCUUGAUGUCACGGCUGACGAUGCUGGAAGGAAAACAAAUCCGGUCGCAGUGAACGGUGUUAUAGAAACGACUGCCAAUGAACAGACGUGUAAUGUAUGGAGUGUUUCCAAUCUCCAGAAUCUGAAAGAGAUGCAAUAUCUGCACCACGAGGCUGAGGACAGUCGAAUCGACCCGUCACUGGACAAGGACAAGUCAUCCCUCAUGGGUUUCGUCGACUCCAGUAACCUGGAGAGCUCGGAGGAUGUUCAGACCGUUCCGUGCAUCCAGGUGGACGUUAAAACGGAUGUGGUGCUGAUCGAUGAGGAUGAUGAUGAUCUGUCUCUAAGGGAGAGGACAGUGACGGACGUGUCCACUGUGGACGGGAACGCGGCCGAGCUUGUGUGCGGGCGGCUCCAGUCAAUCUCCUCUGACUCCACCCACUCUUUAUGUGAUCGGCAAAGUCUAGAGCAAGGCUUGACCAUUGAGACACCUCAAGAGAAACAGGAGCCGCCCAAAAAACACAAAGGUGCUUGCUGCCUCUGUGUUAUCAUUUCAUGUUUCUCAGAAAAAGGGCCAAGAUUAUACACUUUUCAAGCAUUUUUUUUCUUUAAAAUCAUUUUAUAAUGUUAGUGAAAACGAAUAUUUUACAUUAAGUUUUUCAUGACCAUUUUUAUCUCUCUCCUUGACCCUUAGAAUUAAACGAGCUUAUACUUGACAUGGAAAUUAUUUUACUGCCAUAAUGUGACAUAUUUCCAAGUGAAAGAAUAUUUAAUGGGGGUGGGGAAGGAAA